AUGACAGGAGACGAUUCAUCCACGAACCAUAAUUGCUCCACACCUCGACGGCAUCAAGAGGAAAAUAAGCCACUGGUUCAUUCCCGACGAAGCAAAGAGAUCCUUGGUACUAUGGGCAGAUCUUCGUCCUCCUCUUCACACAGCCUUGCCGGGGAAUGGCAUUCGACACACUCGUGUGGGAGUUGUUGGUACAACGGCACGUGGGUGAUUUCCUUCGACAGCCGAAAUUCAGACCACCAGAUCACGAUCUCCGAGCAAUCCGGCGUGUGUUGUGGGUGCUGUCCGAAUCUUUGUGCUAAAUCUGGCUCCCUCGCACACAAAAUGGACAAAAAGGGCGAGAAUUACUGGGAAGGCCGCCUGGGCGGGAAAACGAUCUCCCUCCAGGUCAUCACUGAAACAGAACUGCGGCACUUAACGACGGAUGGCAUGUGCACCCUCACACGGGCAUAG